CCCAAAAUACUGUACUUUGCCAAAAACAGACCAUAAACAAAACGGAUAGUUUUCAAAUAAGGAUUUUGUAAUGGCUUAGAAGAGCAAGCAUCGAUCGGUAGUGCAGAGAUUAGAAAAUACAGAUAAGUGUAGACAGGUAGCGUUUUCAAAAUAGCCUAUUAUAUGGGCCAGAAGUUGCAAGCAACUUUCAUUUUUUGUAAAGUUUCUUUAGAUUGACUAGGCCUAAACUUGAAUUUUUAAUGAUUUAAUGAUUUAACAGAGGGGAGGGGUGUGGAAUAAAUCUUAAUGUAAAAACAUGAUGUGUUUAAACAUCCUUUAACCUAACGAAUUUCUGCCAAAACAUUUCAAUUCGAACAGUUUCAAGGUCUAAACUCUUUAUCAGUUAAACCAUUUUACAAACAUUAUUAGACCAGGCAAUAAGCGAGUCUAUCAGUGGAAUCGAAAUUUCGAUCUUCUUUUGUAGUAAGAAACUAUUCUACUUUUUACUUUCAUCGAAAAUUUAUGAUGCAAAAAAUUAUUUUUUUAUAUUUCAAACACUUCGAACCGUUUCGAGAGGAAUUUUCUGUGAGCCUUAUAUGAAGCAUAGCGACGACGUUGCCCGCCACAAAGAGGUUGUUUGACAAUGGCUGCUAAAAGUUGCAUUUGUUUAGAAUUAUUUGGAUGCAUGAUGCAACAAGCUCACAGCAAAAAUUAAGCGAAGGUUGUGUAAAUCAAGAUGCAGAGGCCUAAAAGAAAAGAAGACGAAGAAGAUCUUAUAAGAUUUCAAAACCAGUUCUUGCAGCAAGGCAUAGAACCUUCUGCAAAAGUUCAAAGAGUAGCAAGGGACGCAUCAGCUACCAUCAGCAAGUCGUCGGAUAAAACCAGGGACAUUGUAUCGCUGCACGAAAAUGAUGAGCACCAGCAUGAAGACAAAUUCUCAAAAAAGUCAAGAUUUAAAACGAGAAUGGAAAAAAGCUCAGAGGUAAAACACUCUUUACAUUGCUUGGGAUCUUCAAAGAACACUCUUAGUGCAUUUGAGCUGCUAGAAGAGAAAGACAAUCAUAUUACAACAAUGUUAUCAAGGAUCAAGGAACGUCAUGUCAUAAAACCAUCAAUAAUGAAGCAGAAACAAUUUGAAGGAGGGUUUCCAUCUGUACCUCACCUUGGAAAAGACAUAGUGACCAACGAGCCAAAGGCAAACAAGAAGCAAAGCCUUUUUGCCAGGCAGUUCCUGUCCGAAAACUCAGCAGCAUUUGGGCUUGAACAGGAGAGAAAUGUGUCUUUCGGUGGAGAGUCUGAAACUGCCAGCAUUGUGGAUAACAGUAAAUCAAAAUAUGACAAUAAUGCUUCCCAUCAACAUAGUGUCUCAGGAGAUGCACGUUUGAAAAAUAUAGGAAUAGUGAGCGGAAAAGACCUUGACUCAAGGCCAAAUGCUGACAAAGAGAGGGACGAAAUUCACAAAGAAAAUACUCGCAAAUUGGCUGAGAUGACCGAAGGUGAGAUUCUAGAAGCAAAGGCAAAGCUUGAGGCAACAAUCGAUCCUAAACUUCUGGCCUUUUUAAAGAAGAAGAAGACAUCAGAGGGCAAGAAAGAAAAGCUGCAUAUGAACGAAAUCUCAGUUGAUGAUUCUGAAGAGCAGGAAGUGAUUAUCGAAAAUGUUGAAAAUGAAGUUUCGAACCAGAAAGUACCCAAGAACAAUAGCAGUGAUUUUGACCCACACAAAGAGUUUGAUAUCGACAAACAUAUUCCUAACAUGAAUGUAAUUGAAGAUGAAAAAUUACAGUGGAUUAAAAAUGCACCAAAAAUCGUCCAACAAGAAGGAGGGACUGCCACUGUUGCUAGAUUUGAUCUGGAAGGUAGACUUAUACUCAAAGAUGCAGAUUUACCAUCUAACCUUGGACUGCAUCACCAUGGAGAAGACCCUGAACUUCCCGGCUAUUCUCUUGAAGAACUGUUCCAUCUUGCAAGAAGCAAUUUUCUGCAGCAAAGAGUGUUUGCCCUAAAGCUUCUUGCAGCAGUAUUGGAGCAGUAUUACCGGGGAUCCUUUGACGGGAAAAUACAAGAAUGUUUACUGGAACAACUCCUAGAUGCUGGACUACCAUUUCUGUUGCGUUGGGCUUUGGACGAUGCCACAGAUGCAGUCAAUUGUGCAGCCAUCUAUGCCUUCUCAGCAUUGCUGGACAGUCCAAACGACACUGUUGUCCUAGACGAACUGAUGUACGCCGAUGAAGGUUUUCAAGUAACAUGCUUGAAACCGCUAAGUGGAAACGAGGAAAUCAAAAUAUUAAAAAAAGAAAAAGGCAGAGAUUUGACUGACCCUGAAGUUAUGGGGAUUGAUCUCAUCAAGGGUUUGCUCAAGAUACAAUUGUUACCCCGUCUGAGGUAUAUCCUUGAAGUCUGUGAACCAGAUGGCACAACUAUAAACUACUGCAUGACAAUCCUGAGUCGCGUUGCACUCCAUUCGAGCGAAUCCUGCUAUGAAAUCUUGAAAUGCCCAAGAUUGAUGCAAACGAUAUUCAACAAGCUACUACCGAUAACGUGGUCCAAUACGAUAGGAGCAAGAGAAAACAUCCCGUUUUAUAAAGCACUACGGCUCAUAAGAAUAAUGUGUUUGGCUGGGAAAAGUAUCUCUUCAAAAUUGUGGAACGAUUUUGAUCUGCCUGCAAGAAUUCUCCGCUACACGUCAUCAGUGAAUGAGGACAACGAUGGGUUAUCAAGCCUCAUUCAACUGGCCACUGAGUCUCUACACAUUUGGAGAGUUUGUCUGUUGUAUGGGGUUUCCAGCUCAACAACAAUUGAUGUUUAUCCGUAUUUGAUAUCACUUUUACAAAAAUACGUCUUAAAUAAUGAUGGCAAGUAUCUAAACCUGAGGUCCAGUCUUGUGCUCCUAGCUGCGGCUGUGGUGCAAAUGACAACCUACAAGUCGGCAGAGGAGGGUUUAAACACGCGAUCCGCUCAGAAGGUUCGUUUUGAUUGUGACGUCGAAGAGCUAGUCCCAGACCUUGACUGGAGCAUGGUUUCCGGCAUCGAUUCCAUUAUGUGGCAGUCAAUAAGGAGCACGGCAGAGGCAUUUUCAUCAACAGAGCUUGAGUUACAGACUGAUGAUCUGCGUUACAUGGCCUGCACCCUUCUUUAUCUAGCAGCUUAUACCGAGAGUGCUUCGCAGCAAAAAUCGGUCGAUAAGAUCAGAUUCUUGUCUGAAAUUGAAAGAUGGAUGGGAGAAUUUCUAGGUGACAUCAUUAAAUCGAGCAAAUUGAGCAAACUUAUGGGAGUUUUAAGUAAAUUUUCAGACUUCACCAAACCACUGGAUACUCUUAGUUCAAGUCAUGAAGUCAGGAGCUUUCCAAAUCACGGAAUGGCAAAGUUAAGGGGAAUGUGCAGCAGUAUCGAGCCCCCUGUAAUAUUUCUAAGUGCAUUUACAAAGCUCCUUCAUCGUAUUGCGGUUGUCAAUAAAGGAUGUUGCCGCCAGAUGCUACCAUUUCUGAAAGAACAAGGUUUAAUUAGAUAUUUGAAGGAGAUAUGUUCGCCGAAGUCCUCCACAUAUCAACUCUCCUCGUCUGCGAUUUCUUCCUUUGUGGAAAGGAAGUUUCUUUACAACCUACUAUCUCUUUUUCAAGUCACGAUCAACUGUGUUGAUUCAACGCUAAUGGAUCCUGGUUUAGUUACACUUUAUCAUCAAUCCGCUUUCAAGCUGCUGGGUAUUCUGCAUCACAAUGAAUCAGGAGAGGCUGUUGACUUGAUGAUGGAGAUCAUAUUUCGUCGAAGCAUGUAUCGAGAUUCGCAGGUGGAAAAGGUGGCGAAAAUGCUAGGCCAUUUGGAUUUAUCUUCUCAUUCAACUGAACAAAACGAGGACGUGAAAAGCUUAGAUUCACUUCUCAACACCGCGAAGGAUAAUUUAUCUGUUACCUGUAGUGUUUACGUUGCCCAUUGCUUCAAAAAUGGCCGAAAAGCCAUGGAGAAAUUAAGGUCAGGAACUGGCACGCUUCACAAAGACUCAUUCCUAUUGCCAGAAAACCAAGGGCCACUCCUGCCAAUGGACUGGGUGUUUCUGCCGAUACUCAAUUUAUACAACAUGGCAGUAAGCAUGGAACUGCGGGGGAAAAUUAUCAACCAAUUGACUACUGAUGCGAUAAAGACUCUAGAAAUGAGCCUUUCCUUGAUCUUGUUGUUUGAGGUGUACAUGCCAGAAGCUCUUGAGGAUAUUGACCAGUCCUUUAAACUGGUGCGGAUUCUUUGUAUCUUCAUGAUCGGUAAUGAUGCAUUUCUCGAGCCCCCCGUUCAUCAUUUGCUAGCAGCGCUUGCAAGAAUAUACACAAAGCCAGAAAAUCUAGACAAACUUUGCUUUGAGAAGCGAUUUCCUGGAAUUUCAUCUUUCUAUGACCUAUUUACGUCACUCCUUGUCCAGUUUUCCGGUACGUCAUUUGGUGACCCACUUUUCAGCAACUUUCUGCUCAUACCCUUGCCACAAAGAUUUGACGUCAAAUACAGGAAAUCCCUUUGGGGAGAGAACUGUGAAACACUUCGAAUAUUCUCUCUGCCAAUAAAAUCAGUAACUAUACCCUUGUCUAAUUUUCUGGAUCCACUAGAAGAAGAAGAAGGAAUGAUCCAGCUUUAUUUGAAAAGCAUUGCUUCGGGGCUGAUAAGGCCAAGUUGGUGCCCAUUCUUUUACUUAUUGGCCAUUCAUCAUCUGAGCAGUUACAUUUUUAGUGAAUCGGAAAGCGGUAAUGCGGAUUUCUCUAAUCUUAAAAUUGAGAAGAAACGACUUUUGCUUCUUGACAAGAUUGUGAAUAUAAAAAACGAGGAAGCAAAAUUAGAUGUGCUGUUGUAUGAAAAAGUGGAUUUGGAUUCAUCAAAGGGCUUCAAGGUUCACGCUAAAUUACCUGCCAACAGACAAGUUAUUAUCGAGAACAGAAAAAGAGGUUUUUAGCUAGCAGCAACCAGCAUAAUAAUUUGAAUGUUAAAGUAUUCGUUUCAAAGGAUAUUGCACAAUAAAUGCAAAAAAAUGAAUUGGAUAAAUACAUCAGACUGUUUUCAUUAUAUUAUAAAUGUAUAAAUAACGUCUAAAUGCCUUUGUGUAAUAUUUAUAUCUAGAAACGUUUCUCAUCGGGAUGAAACUCGUGUAGCAAUGGGAAAGAAGGUUUGACUGUUGUAACACCAUACAUGUACUAUUUUUACAACAAUAUGCAAGAUGGAUAUGAACGAUAUUACAUGAAGAUGACGAAUUAGAUGAUAUUAUUGUAGGUGGGCCUGCCAUAAUAUUGCAUGUAUACGAUAUUUGUACUUUGUUAAUGAAGUAGUUUGAAUAAUAUGUAGAGUUAUUAAAGCAAUAAAGCAGGCCGUUAUUUGCAAAUCUUAUUCAAGAUAUGCUCUUCAAACUGAAUUAGAGUGUUUCGUCAGUAUCCGUUUAUCAAGCACAGAAGCAAUAUUCAGGGAAGGUCGGAAACUGUGGCCUAUUUGUAACUUAAUCUCCUACGUGUUGUGCUCUUCGAUGGUUUACAGACUAUUGUAAUUGUAAAGAUCUGACUUUUUACAUAUGUUCCUGUUCCUGGUGUGCUUUCAGGUAUAUGGUCCACAAUGAAAUUUCUAAAAAUUGUCACCACUUAGCCAAUCCAUUAAUGAACUGAUUCCUUUUAAAAAAUCAGGUCUGCAAAACUACACAAUGCAGAAUGGUUUAUAAAUUUCAAUCUUUCUAUUUUGAAUUAAUCUUGCUGACAUUUUAUAUAGCACUGAAAUAAAGAUUAUUUGCAUCAUAUUAAACUAAAACUGAAUUAGUAGUGUUGCAGUGCCAUUCAACUGAAAAAUCUAACCAUCUGCGU